AUGCUUACAGCCCUUGGUGGGGCCCUGUCUCAUUCAGCAUACAACAUCAAUCUGUCUGCUGGCUCCGACUAUCACGAUGGAUCGGACACCUACGAUAUAGAUCUACCCGUCGACCAGAGUGGCAGUCACCGUCGCGAUGACACUAGCUCCACAAUCACAGCGCGCUCGUACCCCACUCCUGCCUUGCCUAAGCCAGUAAACUUCAUCCUGCAGUGGAACAUUAACGGGUUCCUGAACCACAUUGGUGAUCUAGAGCUCCUUUGCCACGACGAUCCCCCCUGGGUCAUUGCACUCCAGGAAACUAACAAAGCGACAACAGACCAAAUGAAACACUCUCUAGGCGGUAAGUAUACGUGUGCAUACCUGCCAUGCGGACGGCUGCCAAACCUGCACGAUCAACUCAGCGAAGGCAUAGCUAAACUACCGAAACCGCGCAUCCUGGUUGGGGAUCUGAACGGGCACCACCCAAGCUGGGGCUGCCCCCGCUCCGACCCUCGAGGUGUUACCCUGGUCGAUAUUUUCGAGAAGGAAGACAUGUCGAUUCUGAGUGACGGUGUGCCCACGUACUCUAACGGGCGGCAUACUUCUGCCAUCGACGUCUCUGCUGUCAGCCGCUGCUUUGCCGGAAAAACUCAGUGGAGCGCGAACACGGAUCUUUAUGGUUUUGACCACUACCCCAUCAAAGUUCAACUUUCAACCGCCAUCUUUCCGAUGACAACACGGAGGCCCCGAUGGCGCUAUGAACAAGCGGACUGGGAUAGCUAUGGUGAAGCCUUUCAGUCCUUGUUACUACAGCGUAAUCCGAACAGCAUUGAAGACUUUUCAGAAGUGGUAUACGAAGCAGCAACAGCAACCAUCCCAAAGACCAGCAGCGUUCCGGGGCGAAAAGCGCUACGCUGGUGGAAUGAAGAUACAAGGAAAGCCGUUAAAGCCCGGCGUAAAGCACUUCGCCGUGUAAAACGCCUUCCUAUCGAGGACGCUGAGUCGCACAAUCAAUGCCGGCAAGAAAUCCGUGUCGCCAAACGAACCAGCUGGAUGGAAUUUCUGAAUGAAUUCGUCACAGUCUUCGGCCGACUUAUGGAGAUUAACGGUGAAGCUGUUUCUGACCCUGCAAUUGUAGCGGACGAACUCAGCUCGUACUUUGCCGAUCUCGAAGCCAUCAAGAAGUACGAAGACGAAUUCAAGCGGAAAGCUAAGCCUUUGACGUCAUCCAUUGCAAGUUUUUCUGUUUCUUCUGACGCUGGAAACUCGGACAUCAACCAAGCUUUCAACAAGCUCUGGCUCACCAACUCGUAUCCAGCGUCGUGGAAAGAGAGCUUAGUCAUUCCCAUCCCAAAAGCCAAUGAAACAACCCGUGAAGCUAGCAAGUUCCGGUCAAUAGCCUUGACAUGCUGUAUGGCCAAGGUCCUGGAGCGAAUGGUCAACAGGAGGCUAAAGCAUUUCCUUGAAGCCGAAAACCUGCUAGACCAUCGACACCACGCCUUCCAUCAAGGGUACGGAACGUCAACAUAUUUUGCAACAUUAGGGGAGGUCCUCAAGAGUGCCAACGAUAGCGGUCUCCACACCAAGAUCGUCUCGCUGGAUAUAUCGAAGGCCUUCAACAGGACGUGGACGCCCCUCGUCUUUCAGAGUCGCAGUGGGCAACACUAA